UUAUAUCUGUAGUCACUGGAUAUACCUACUUUUUGGCUGGAUGGUGUAUGGACGAAACAGACUUAUGUGUAUAUAGAACAUUUAUCUUCCAAAUAUGUAAUAGCAAUUUUUGAAAAUCAGUUGACUAAACAAUGGCGGGUCUAGAGAGCUAUGAAAGAGUGUAUCGUGGAAAAUCUAUUAAAUCUUGGGAAACCGAAAAUAAUUUAGCGUAUAUUUAUCAAGGACGAGAGGUUAUUCGUCCUUUAGAUAUUCCUGCUGUACAUCAUUUGGCCGAAGACAGUCCUCCUUCUGAGGAAGAUCUUUCUGUAAAAAAAUAUAUGGUUGCUGGUUGUGGAUUAGCAACAUUAAUUGCAGAAACAUUACUAGUUCAUCCUCUCAUUGUUCUAAGGAGACAAUGUCAAGUAAAUCCAGGAUUGAAGAGCUAUCACAUUGUACCAAUUACUUUAAUACCUGUAGUUAUACGUCUUCACCAAACUCAAGGAAUACAUACUCUAUGGAAGGGAAUUGGAUCAGUACUACUUGUGAAAGGAAUGUUGUUAGCUGUUGAAGAUUUUAUUUCUAAAAUUACACCAUGGCCAAAAGAAAUAACAUGUAACAGUUCAUUAAAAGCAUUUGGUCAACAUAUUCUUCUUAAAUGUGUUUCUAUAGGUUUAGUGACACCAUUUUACUCUGCAUCAUUGGUGGAAACUGUACAAUCUGAAAUUGCAUCUGAGAGUCCUGGAAUAUUGGACGUUUUUCGGGAUGGCGCAAUUCGCUUGGUUGACGUGAGCAACAAGGGUAGACUAAUUCCUAUAUAUGCUCUUCUACCACCAACUAUUGCUUAUAAAGUAUCGAAAUAUCUUUUUACCCUCGCUGUACGGGGAGUUACUAGUCGUAUUAUGCACAUCAGACACAAGCAUUCGCAAGAGAUAAGGGGUGCGUACAGCAGAGAUUUGUUGUCCGAGGCAACGGUGCAAGACAUUGAACUUCAGUCGGCAUUGGUUUCCACAUUUAUUGCAGAAGCAUUAUUUUAUCCUUGGCAAACAGUGAUUUAUAGACUUCAUCUUCAGGGUACGCGUACUAUUAUCGAUAACUUGGAUACAGGACGUAGCGUAACACCGUUGUUAACUGGAUAUAGCGGCGCACGCGAUUGUUAUAGUACAAUAAUUUCUACCGAAGGUCCCCUCGGUUUAUACAAAGGAUUUGGUGCUUUCAUUUUGGAAUUUACUGUAGAUAUUGUAAUAGUACGGGUAAUUAAAUGGAUUGUAACAGAAUUAGAAACGAUAUUGAGGCCAAAACCAAAAUCAAUUCGCGAUCCACCGCAACAUUGGUAUUAUAAUGAGACAUAAAAAGGGAAAAAUGGAUGAAAUAAAAUGAUUAUUAACGUUAAGUAAUGUUUAUUUAAGUAUACUUUCUGUGUAUAUCAUUUGUAGAUCGUACAGUGAUAAAUGUGGCAAUGAUAGGUUGACAGUUUCAGUAACUUCUUGAACACAUAUUAAUCUUUUCCUUCAUCUUAACAUGAAUUCAAAUUGGACUCUGAAAGUAUUGUAUAUAUAGAUUAAGUUCCUAAUAUUUAAAAAUACAUUAAUAAAAACAAAAAAUUCUAAAUUGUUUAAGCUUAAGCAACGAAUACAGACACGAGUAUUCAUUGGUUUAAGCAUACUGUAGUUCAAAAUGCUAAAACAACAAUGGUAUAUAUAAAAAACAGUUUAUUUGUUCUAAACAUUUUUUUAGGAUGACAUGUACAUAUUAUUUUAUGUAGAAUAUUUACGUUGUAGAAAUUAAAAACGCCGUAAAGAUGCAAGUUAAGGAGUCGUUGAAAGUAUUUUAGUUCGUCUGCCGUUACUUUCGAUAUAUCACUAAAUCAAAUUACUUUCAGUAACAAUCGGUUACAGUUUUACACUUGCACAUCUUUCUAACUUGCAUCGUAUAUUACACAGCCUUUCAAUUAUAUCUAUUGCGUAUUUGUAAAAUAAGAUAAAA